UUUUGUGCGCUUUUGGAGAGUAAUUCUCGGAAAAAUACUGCGGCCUUCUUUUCGCUUUUGCGCUUCGGCUUUGCUUCCUUUGGCUGGCUUGGGCUGGCUCGCCUCGCCUCGCCUCGCUCACCCGCUCCUGCUGCAGCGAGUGCGUCUCGGACCCUGCGGCCUUAGGCUUCAGGAGGGCGAUGGUUGCUCGGAGCUAAGACCAGGCUCAUUAGCUUCCACCGCAACUGCGUCCGCGGCCCUUACACUUCCUCCGGACAAAGAUUUUAUUGUUUGCCGCAUCAAUCGCUGUUGGUGCGUGCACAGCGUUAGGGUUGAGGAGGUCCAAUUUGCUCGCCGGGACGAUUUUGCUGGUGGGCAAUUCGGUGGUGCUGCGGUGUGGCCCGGAGUGUUCCCAACAAUCCUGGGCUGGCGCUGCAACUUCCGGAGCCCGGUUGAUCUGAACUGCACUCACUGUGGCGGGGGCUGGCGUGGGAAUUUUUCUUGUUAGAGCGAGGAUAUGCGAUCUGGUCUCGACACGGAAAAUAGCACCGGGUGUACGAUCUCUUCCCUCUCCCCCGACGACACUUCGGGUGCCUUGUACUUGUGACAGGGUUUGACUCGAAGACCUCAUAAGUGAGAUACCGGACAGGUGCCUAGUGACAUUGGUGUAUGUCUGCAAGAGCUUCAAUGUUGAGCAAUGGAGUAUUGGAAGGUCUUUCCUAGUUAUCCUGUUGCAAGUGACGUAGAAAAAUGGAUUUGUGGACGAAAUGGUACCGUAAUUAAGAUCGCAAAUGAGAUUACGAUGUUGAAGUAUCCUACUUCCAGUCCACCUUAUCAGUAGCUUGGAAGGUCCACAAAAGAGGAGGUCCAGAGGGGCCACUAAUGAUGACGGCCGUACAGAGGUUGCACGAUGUGUGCAAGGCGACAUUCACCAUGUCUGCACCUCCUUCUGCACAAGCACUCCAGCGAGUGCGCACUAUCCUAGAUAGCAUCCAAGCAUCGGAUGUUGGACUUGACGAGGUUGAUGCCAUGUCGCAAGAGAGGGGUUUCGGAUUCUUCGGUACAAAUGGACGGAGGGGCCGACACACACCAAUGGUUGCCAGAUGGGCACCCCCUAUAUCUUAUCUACAUCUGUAUGAGUGUGAAGAUUUCUCUAUGGGAAUAUUUUGUCUGCCAACCUCGGCACAAAUACCUCUUCAUAACCAUCCUGGGAUGACCGUUCUUAGUAAAUUGUUGUACGGCUCCAUGCACGUGAAAGCGUAUGACUGGGUCAACCCCUGCGAUGAAAAAUUGAAUUCGGACCCAUCCGUACGAGGAGUGACAAGUUCUCGCGCAUUAUCUUGUGCAGCCAGGUCUGCGAAAUUGGUGGUCAAUCGGGUGCUAACUGCCCCUUGUGAAACAGCAACUCUGCAUCCUACUAGCGGGGGUAACAUACAUGCCUUCACUGCAGUCACUCCCUGUGCCGUUCUGGACGUACUGGCACCUCCAUAUUCUGCUGUGACUGGCAGACACUGCACUUAUUAUCGAGAAGCACACUCAGUUGGAUCCAACCCAGGAGGGAUUAUUGCAAAUGGUGAACAUAGAGAGGAAUCACAAGUUGAAACCAUGUUAGAGGAAUAUCUACCUCCUGAUGAUUUCGUUGUACAAAGGGGUGAAUACAGAGGUCCAAGAGUUGGGCCUUGACGAGCCUCUACAUUAUACCUUGUAUAUUUAUUCUUUAAUGAGGAACUUCUACUCAUGCAUGUAAAUGGGUGCUAGCCGUGUCGUGCAUUAGGAGGCCGUAGGAGAAAAGAUUGUGCAUUAUUCAUGGAAUGAUAGCGGAUCCUGAUCCUCUAUCUCCAUUUAUGGAUAACCUCUACGUCAGCUGAUGUUGCAUGCCAAAGAUGGAGAGGAUGGUCCUUUGGGAAGUGGAAUGGUUCUUGCAACACAUUCACUUCUUGUAAUUAGCAGGAAGGUUUUAGUGAAGCAAGAGCCAGGUUGGAAUGGCAUUUUUUAGUUAAUCAGCUCAUACGUGACUUUUCAUGAACUUUGAUGGAAAUUGUGGUGUAGGAUUGACUUUUAUUCUUCUGACCCUUCUCAGACAAUUUGACGGUGAAUCUGGGGGAUAGCUGUCGUUCACAAUUGCCUCACAGAAAUGCAGGGCAUGUUUUUUUGUACAGCUAUCUACCCUCCGAUUUGGCUGCAGCAGCAUUGUUGUUCGAUUAGACUUGGAAGCAGAUGGGACUUGCAUAACAUCUCUCCAAGGAUGUGCAAUGAAAAUACUCUAUAAGUGGUUUAUCUUGAAAUUUUCUUGAGCGGUUAUGUAAGUUACCACCAGUCUGCGUGGGCCAAGUUGUCUAGGUGGAGCUCAUGUUUAGAUGCUUGAACCUGCUGGGUUGUCUACUUGGCGGAUAUCAUUUCUUCCUUUUAUCGGUUGAAUACUGCAGGCACGAUUCAACCUGGAUGUGUGCAAUGGGAAACUUCAAUAGGGCGCGUUUUGUGCAUUUCUGGAAUUACAAGUACAUGUCAGUUGUCCGGCAACUUAGUGAGCAGAAAUGGGUAUCGAUGUAGUCGCGGAUGAUGACUUGCUUGUGAUAACAUUAAGUCAG